GAUCUGGGGAACUAUUUUCCCGCCCAAUAUCCCGACCUCGCCAUUGCACUUAGCACGGACUAUCUGGAUAAUAAAUAACACUUAGCUCAAACUAUCUGGUUUAUAAAUAAUCCCCUCUGGCAAUAAAAAUGAGCGAUUCGGCAGGGUUCAUGGAGGACGUCCUGAAAGUUGAAGGAGGUGGCGACAUCCCGGAGCCUAAAAUUGAUCAGCUGAAGAGCAAACUAACGAGGCUGCAACAAGCUAAACAGACCCUUGAGAAGGACAUUAAUGAGAGGGAAUCUCUCAGUGAAUCCCUACAGAAGGAGCUGGAUACAUUACGAACAGAAGCUUACCAGCUGGAGAAAAACCAUCAAGAAAAAGAAGCGUUGUGCCGGAAGCUACGGUUCCAAUGCGAGGAAUCCGAGCACGAGUCUGUCAGGCUCGCUGAGGAGAACAAGAAAAGAGAAGAACUUCUGGCACGGCACAGGUGUGAAAUCCAGGAGUUGAAGCUGAAGAAGCGGAAGAUGCGCGUGAAGUUUGAGAAUCAUCUUCAUCAGCUGAUGGAGCAGCACAAGAAGCUGUACUCCAUCAUUAAAGACUCGCAGCAGAAGCAGUGAAAGCACAGCACACUUACUGUACUUGUAUUCGUAAGUAUUUGUACGUUUCUGCAAGACACGAGCGCUCAUCCCAUCACCCUUGCAGAAGCUCAACUGCACAUUUUCUGCUCAUUUAUUUGGGAAACAUCUGAGCUUAUUUUCCCCCAUUUUUUUCCCCACUAAGUGUGUUCGUUUUCCUAGCAAUUCAGUAUGUGGUUUGAUCAUUUGUGAAAUAGUAUAAAAUACCUUGUCACUAAUGUAGUGUCUCAAUAUUGUUAUUAGUGUCAUGAAACGCGGAGCUGUCGAGUGCUUGACACCCGGUAUGCAGACACAGAGGCUGAAGUGUGCACAUAAAAUAUUUUUUAAACAAAAAAACAGUACUCACAGUAGUACAGGAUAACAAAACAAAAAGUGACCGAGAAAAAGGCUCUGUAACAAAGAGGAAGUGGCAAAGGUAACAUGUUCGUCAAUAGUUCAUGUAACAGCACAGGCGAGGAGCAAUGACAUGAUGAACCAGCACCGUAGCUGUGACGACGCUGGGCUUUUAACCUCCACUAAUUGGAAUCGUUCCCUCUGUCCACCAGUGGGAACCAAAGGAGCCUAGAGGGAGGCUGACAUCAUUGCAGCGCCCCAGAAGGAAUAACCAAUGAAAUACUUUUCUAGGACUAAAUGCAUUAUGGGAAAAAGUUAAAAUAGUUUUAAACUCAUGUUGGGAUUGGUACUGCCAUUUCCAAUGGGUUGACAAGCUAGUCAUGAGUUUUUUCAAAGCUCAUGAUUUGCUCCUGUCAAAUAAAGAGCUACCUUGUCUUCACGGGCUUGUGCGUGCCACAAUAUGCCAUUUCAUGCCGUGGACAUUUGCGGCUUAUAUAUGAAUAAAUCUGUUUUUUUUAUUAGAUUUCAUUAAAAAAAUUGGAAAAUAUAAUUUUAAAGAGUUUUCCUGACAUAUCUAUUAGGUGACAUACUGUAACUCAAACAUUCCGUCUCUUGGGUGGAAUACAUAGGUUAUUUUUAUCUUUAAUAUUUUAUCUUUAAAAAGUUCUCGUCACACAUUAGGUGAUGUAAGUCAAAUAUCCUACACCAAAUGUCAUCUGCUGGCUUGAAUAUGAAGGCUAUUUUUAUAUUCUGUUAUACUGACCAGCUUGGAUUUCUUUAAAGGCUUUUAAAAUAUACUUUUAAAGAGUUGUCCUCACAUAUUUGGUGACAUAACUCAAACAUUCCAAACCAAAUGCCCUCUACUGGGGUUAUAUUUAUAUUCUGAUAUAUUUACCAGCUGCAACGCGAGAUCGAUAAGCGAAUUGGUACGGCAUCUGCAGUGAUACAGACUCUACAUCGAUCUGUUGUGGUGAAGAGAGAGCUGAACCGAAAGGCAAAGCUCUUAAUUUACCGGUCGAUCUCCGUUCCUACCCUCACCUAUGGUCAUGAGCUUUGGGUUGUGACCGAAAGGACAAGAUCGCGGGUACAUGAUGCGGCCGAAAUGAGUUUUCUCCGUAGGGUUGGGCUCUCCCUUAGAGAUAGGGUGAGAAGCGCUGUCAUCCGGGAGAGACUCGGAGUAGAACCUCUACUGCUCCACAUUGAGAGGAGCCAGAUGAGGUGGCUUGGGCAUCUGGUCAGGAUGCCUCCCGGACGCCUCCCUGGGGAGGGCAAGUCCG